UUUUCCACAUUGCUGAAAUAACCCGUUUCUGGUUGCUUUGCAGUUAUUUGUAAAUUAUCUAUAAUUUUCGAAUUUCCCCACUCUAAUCACAUCAUUAAAUUACAAACAUUGCUAUUACUUUAAUUGCUUUAAUCAAACACUCAAAAAGAAAGAGUUCAUCUUUCAGCGCAUGCGCAGUGCCUAUUACCCUGCAGUAAUCGUAGACAUACAAAUCUUUAUAUAUGUCUAUGGCAGUAAUCGUGUCAUUUCAGUACUAAAUUACUGCAGUGUCUUGGUUUCUCUUCUGCUUUUCCACAUCUGGUCCUUCCUUUCUCUCGUCCCUUUCUUCCUCUUAAUAGUUUUGUUAUUAAUGCAGAGCGUAUUUUCCACUGUUUGCUAUGCUCCGUACGGGAAGCCGAAGCAUCCAAAAUACAGAUGUAUAUACCUCUGCACUUGCUAAAGGUUAUAAAUUAUGCAUAAGACUGCUCAAACUUGCUGCCAUUUAAAUUGUCUUAUUCUUUUUUCAGUUCUUUUGUCUUUUGAAAUCAAGUUUCUAUUUACUUUUUAUAUAAUUUGAUCGUAUGUAUUUUUUAAAUGAGUUUUUAAUCUCUUUCUGAUCAUUUGUUUUAUUACUACUUCUAUCACAUCACAUUAGCCACCCUGAGAUUAUCAAAUGCCUCAGAUCAUUCAAAGUGGAACAUUUUUACUAAGAAAAAUCUACAGCACAACCUUGUAUAGGAGUUGCUCCAGCUUCGCAAAGAUGAUGCAGGCAGUUUGCGUUGAUGUCCCAGGAGGACCAGAGAAUCUGGUGCUGCGAUCCAUUCCCAGACCUACACCUAAAGACGGAGAGGUCCUGAUUAAAGUCCACGCCGCUGCCCUCAACCGGGCCGAUUUAUUACAGAGAAAAGGCUUCUACCCUCCUCCUGCAGGUGAAAGUGACAUCAUUGGUCUGGAGGUAGCUGGAACCGUGGACACUCUGGGUCAAAGAGUGAAAGGGAACUGGAAACCAGACGACAGGGUGAUGGCUUUGCUGGGUGGAGGAGGAUAUGCUGAAUAUGUUUCUGUGCGCGAGGAGCUUUUAAUGCCUGUUCCCAACAACCUCACGUUCUGCCAGGCUGCUGCCAUCCCGGAGGCUUGGCUCACUGCUUUUCAGCUGCUGGUUUUUAUAGCGCAGGUGAAGGAGGGUGAAGUGGUGUAAGUUCACGCCGGAGCCAGUGGUGUCGGAACGGCUGCCGUUCAGCUGGUCCGUCUGUUUGGCGCUGUGCCCAUUGUGACUGCAGGGAGUCAAGAAAAGUUGCAGGUGGCCGAAAAGCUGGGCGCAGCUGCUGGAUACAACUACAAGGAGGAGAGCUUUGUUCAGGGAGUUCGUGAUUUCACAGGAGGAAAAGGAGUGAAUGUGAUACUUGACUGCAUUGGUGGGUGUAACUGGGAGAAAAAUGUGAACUCCCUGGCUGUGGAUGGCAGAUGGGUGCUGUAUGGCACCAUGGGAGGCAGGGCACUGGAGGGAGAUCUGCUGGGCAAGCUGCUCUCCAAGCGAGGCCACCUACUCUGCAGCCUCCUUCGCUCUCGCAGCCUUGAGUACAAGGCUGACUUGGUUAAAGCUUUUGCAGACAGGACGUUGCCAUGCUUUUCAGCCCAGCCUGCCACCUUGAGGCCAGUGAUCGACAGCACCUUUAAGCUAGGGGAAAUUGCAGAGGCUCACAGACACAUGGAAGCAAACAGAAACAUAGGCAAGAUUGUUAUUACUGUGACUCCACAAAGUGAGGAAACUCAUUGAUUAAUACCUGCUCAAAUGAUCAUGGGUAUGCAGUAUAAUUAAAAUGUUUAUUUAGCUAAGAAAUUAUACAGUAAAAUUUGUGGUUGCUUACAUAUGGUUCAUUCAAUAAUAAAAUUGGUAUGAUUUUC